GAGUUUCGAUUUCAUUUCUGCGCAUAUCUAAUUGGCCGACUGUCAUGGCGACAGGAAGUUUUGUGAAAAGGCAUGAGCAUUACUUCCCAAGAAGAACUGAUGGAAAGCUUUUCAAAAUAAGUGUAUAUAUUUUUUGGAUUGCGAACUUACGAAAGAAGUGAGCUGAUGAUGUUCACCAUUGGAUUUGUAUUGCAAUGAGUACGGAUGCAUCAGAUGAUGAAUUAGUAACAAAUUUUGAGACAGUGAAAACCUGUUUAAGAUUAGAUUGUGCUAAGCUGCUCAGAGGAUGUUUAAUAUGUUUCUUCCCAAAAAUUGACGUUCUCAAACGGAACAUCUCCGAAAAUGUUAAAGAAGGGAGCAGGGAAGCGGUUGGGAAGUGUAAAAGUAUUAAAUCACUAAGUUUUCAGGUUCUUUGUGAUAUAUUUUUAUGUGGAACAUGCAAUAAAUCCUUGCUACCUCCGUCGUGUGGGUGGAAUUCUGAGAUCGAUCCUGCUGAAGAUGAUCUAUCUGUGUCUGCCAACAUAUUACGAUUGUGGAGAAUAUGGAAGACACACAUUUCGGAAAACACGGAGGAAAAAUUAACAGACAAUGAUACUAAUGCUAUUUGGUCCAAAUUGCAUCAAAUUGGGGCACAAUUGUCAUCAGAUGAAGACUUUCAUAUUGUUGGUGGUGAAUUUAUAGAGAGUAUAAAAAGAAGAAACAAAAAUGACGAAGACCUGCCCCCAAAUGCGUACACACAGCUUGGGAGUGGCAAUAGUAUGGGAAUCAAUAUUGGUGCACAAACGGAAAAUUCUAUAUCUUGCUGUCAAGUUGGUGUGAAGAAUAAAUUGAUAUUCCAAAUAGAAGACCAAAGACAAUUAAAGCAGUUGGAGAUUGAGACUUCCGGUAAAACAUUAUGCCGGAUAGUGGCACGUGCACCAUUAACGCCUGUUUGGCAACAGAUCAAGGACAAUGUUUGUCGCUUAAACCCAACUGCACUUAAUGACAAUGAUACUUUGAAAGAAAAUUGCAUCAGCUUUGAGAAAAUUGAAAAGGGGUGCUUAGUGAUUGAUGUCACUUUAAAAAACAAAGAUCCAUUAGAAGAAAACCUCCAAAGAAUUUUCCAAGUUCUGUACGAUGAAGGAGAUUUAGAGAAUGUGAUGCAAAAACAUAAUACAGAAGAACUGACCAUCUCGGGAUAUAUCUACUGUCCGGAAAAUUACAUUCGUGACGAUAGUAGAAGCACAUGCAAAAGAAAACCUUUCAGCUUGAAAAGUCACCAUACCUUGUUUCUUGGAAAAUCAACAACCUGUGAUGUAGAUUUAUUUAUGUCAGAGUUGCUAGAAAAACUAAUGGAAAACGAAUUUUCAACAGACGCUAAUGAAGUCAUAAAAUUGGAAAUCAAGGGAGAAGUCAUUGACCCGAACAACUACAGUUUUUCGUCAUUACAACAAUUACUGUCUGCUGAUACAGAAGAAAGAAGUCAACAACUGAAUUCAAUACUCUCCUCUGAGCAUAACAUUUGUGUUGCAAAGAUAUUCAACGUGAAGAACACCACUGUUAUUCAUGUAGUUUUGAAAUCUGGAAGUCAAAUGAACUACAGGAAUCUUGUAGAAGAGAGUGGAAUUCUUUUCACACUUCUACGCAAUAUUCUUUGGUCAAAAGAUACAUUAAACUUUAUAUCUGAGAUUCGCUUGAUGAGGAUUGGAUUAAUUGCGGAUACAUCUAUGAUUGAUGAAAUUACUUCAGAGGACAAAGGAUUGGUAUUUUACCUGACUUCCGAGUCCAAAAUAUCAGAGGCCAUUGAGAAUGGAACCAUGACAGAUAUACUCACAGCGAUGUUGCAAGGAGAAGACCCGGAUAUUCUGAAAAACGCCGGGGAAUUGAAAAUUAAAGCCAUUAUUGAAAGUGGUGGAGUUAUUGAUGAAAGUAGCCAGGUAGUUGACAUCACAGCAAACUAUGAACCGGAGGAAAAUUUUCAAUCUCGUGUUGAACGAGCUAAGGAAUAUUUACAAUCUGGAAAUAUCUUAGAAGCGAAAGAAAUUGCACGUAACCUUUUUCAAAGGUUAUCACCAGAGCAUGUUGAAAUCUACCGUGUGUUACAAAUGAUCUUUAGAGAGUGUGCUGACAAUUUCUACGCUCUGAAGUGUUUUUGUCUAGUUCGCUUGCUGAAAAAGGAAAAAUGGAAUCCACUUUCUUUAAUUUCAUCAAUCGACUAUUGGAUGCCUGUAAUAUCUGGACCAUAUGAAUUCGAGGAGAUCAAAUAUUUAUUCGAAGAAAUUGAAGACAUGCUUUUCGAUUAUCUCAAACAUGAUGACCACAGUUUAACAGCUGAGGGAAUAUGUUGCGAAUUGUUUGUGUCUUACGGAGACCUAAGACAAUUUUUCCCCGAACAAUCAAAUAUUUCUGAUAUAGUUAAGAAGCGAAUGAGAAUUGUCGACUUCAAUAUUUGUCAGAUGUAUUUUCGAAAGGGACUCCCACAGUCAGUAUGUGCAAUUUACAUGAAAAGAGAACGCUAUGAGGGUACACUGGACGUAGACAAUUUGUACCUAUGGGCAUUAGCUCUCAAGGAUCUUGGAAAAGUAGAUGUGGCCCUAAAGAAAGUAGAGGAGGCUAUCCAAACAAUACAAACCGAGAAUGUUCCACGCAAAUUGACCGAUCUAAAGGACUCACUGUGUUUAAAUUCAGCCCCAGAAACAAACGUUGGAUUAGAUGAUGAAUGGCUGGCUGGAACUAAUAUUAGUAUCCCAAAAAAGAUGAAAGACAAGGCAUUAAAAGUUCAGGAGGAUUUUAAAAAGAAAACAAAAGUAAAAAAACAGACUGAGGCACAAGACAUAGAAAAUACCCAACCAUCACCAACUGAAGACUUUGAAGAUUUUAGUGUGCCAUAUGAAGAUAGUACGAAAUAUAGAACAUGGAAAGACGUCCCUUCUCACGUCCCAGAUCCUCCUGAAAGGAAAAAGAAACGUAGACACAGAAGCAAAGCCAGUACAGAGCCUCAAGAGGACUACAACGUUGAAUACGUAGAAAAUGAAAGUGACUCGGGACAAGAUUCCAAUAGUGAUAACGAGCAACCAACGAAAAAACCAUUUCAUUACGAGGCACCAGAGUACCAGAAUUCUCAAUAUGACAACUCUAGUGAUAGCGGCAUCGACACCUUCGACGAGGAGUCUCAUUUUGAGACUUUCUCCCAUUCUGAUAAAUCACCCAGUAACAGUGAUCUAGUCAUUUUUGGCAUAACCCUCAAAGAUAGAUGUAAAACCAGUUUCCAGAAAAAGAAGAAUGCAAAGUCUUUCCAAUAUCAGCCUGAAAAGCCAAGCGAUGAGCUUCGUCUUUGUUUGGAAAGAGACAAACAUAGGUAUAAGAGAUGUAUAAUGGAAAUAGAGUCAGCACAUAAAGCGACCUGCAGAAAUUUAGAUUUGACAGACGAUGUAAAAGAAAUAUUAAUUUCUGGAAGAUCAAAAUGUGGACGGAAUUUCACAGAUGAUGAGGUGGUUGUAGAGAUUCUCGGGGAGUCAAAGGCACAGACAAGCUAUAUUCCAAGAUUAAAAAUUGAUUUAGCAAAAGAGCGUAAAGACAAUAAUGUUUAUGGACAAGUCAUUGGCAGAUUAAAGAGAAACAGGUAUAACGAUUUAGAUCAUCCGGUACUGAUAUGUGCUAAAGAUGAAUUUGCAGAACAUAUGAUGAAACCAUUAUGUAGGACAGUGCCAAAAAUUAAAGUUUCUCAUGAAAAGUGUGAAAACAAUUAUCAAGUUGAUUUGUUUUCAUUUGAUGCAGAAAGAAAUGUUGUGGAAUAUCGAGAUACCAUGGUUAUCAAUCAUGCUUACAAAAAGUCAUAUUGCUUUCUUGUUGCAAUAAUGACUUGGGAAGACAUGUAUCCAUUUGGAAUAACAUUGAAAGUAAUAAACACAAAAGGUGAUAUUAAGUCAGGUAUUGGGAUUCUCAAACUGCAAUACCGCGUGCCAUGUGCAUAUGAUAAGGAAACUACAAAAGCAACAGAAGCUAUUUUAAAUAAAACGGCAAAGAAAUCAGCCCGCAGUGAGAAAGUGAUCUCGGUUUUUACAAUUGACGACGGAAAACAAGGUCCGAUAGAAACUGCAUAUAGUGUAACAACCUUAGAAUCGGGACUGUAUCGCAUUGGUGUUCACAUAGUAGAUCCCACCUCAGCGAUUAAAAAAGGUGAUGCUGUUGAUACAGAAGCAAGACGAAGGGGAACAGAUUUCUAUGUGAACAAAGAUAUACCACCUGUAUACAUGAUCCCAGAACGCCUCAGUCGUGAAUUGUUCAGUAUUGAACUUGGCAAAGAGAGAAAAACUUUGUCAGUUUUCUUGACAAUAUCUGUUGACAACAAUGACAUAUCAUUUUAUGACAAUGAUGAUGUAAUAGGAAAUGUGGAAAAAGCUACCGUUAAGUCUGAAAAGCGGCAUAGCAUACGAGAAGUUCAAACUCUCUUAAAGACAAAAGGAGAGAACAGUGACAUCAAGAAGUUGUAUCUUGUAUCACAGAAAAUGCGAAAACAAAGGAUAGGAAAUGCGUCCUUUUUUACAGACAUAAAUGAAAUGUUUCCAUUCGAGAAAAACAGUUUUAUAGAGAACAUCGAUGCGUAUUUAUUAGUGCAAGAACUACAUAUCUUUGCAAAUAAAACAGUUGCAAGUUAUCUGUUUGAUAAGUAUCCAGAACUUGUACCAUGUAAGUGUCAUAAUCGUCCUGGAGAAAACGUUCUUAUGAGGUGGAAAAAAGCAAUUGAUGACCACAUGGGGAAUGUGUUACUCAAUCUACAGGAUUGUGAAGUAGCAACUGGUGCCCGAUGUUCGAUAUUUGACAAUAAUUUGGAUUAUCUGAGGUACAGAAGUCUUAUACCGAUACAAACCACCGUGUGGCAGUUUUUGCGACAGUUAUCAAAAUCAAAGCAAACGGAUAAAUUACAAAUUAUCCUUGGAGCAGACGAAAUACAUCCAAUGCAGGCAUUAGCUAUGGGAGAAUGGAUAGAAAUUCUUGAUGUAGCAGAAUACAAAUGUUCAGUUCAUAGGAAAGAAGCAAUGCACUUUGAUUUACGUGUUCCUAUCUACACAUCAUUUACUGCUCCACUUAGUCGUUUUAUAGAUCUCGUAGUCCACCGAUUAGUGCACGCAGCAUUGGACAAUGCGAAAGAACCGCCAUACGAGAAAUCCGACAUUCAGGAAAUUUGUACAGAAAUGAACAAUGUGAAUCGUAUCAGAAAGCAGUUCAGGAAAGAAUGUCUCGUUUUACUAUUUGGUCACUCGCUGAGUACUGAUCCUCAUGUUUUCAAUGGAUUCAUUCAAAAUGUUACCAACAAUGAUGUAGAGCUUAUAAUUCCUACGUUGCGGAAUUUACCAAGAAUAAGCAAGUUGUUGCCAAUAAACUUACUGCGCUCCAGGCAAAAACCAGACUUUAUCAAAGCCACCGGAUCUGAUCGCUAUAUCAUGACAAUCAAAUGGCAAAAUCGCCUCUAUUCAUUGAAAAGGAGAACAAUAAACGCCCCAAAGGAGAAUACUUUUCUCAGAAUCAAUCCUCAUCAAAAUGUCCAAUUCCACCCAUUAAAAAAGUGGGUAAAUGUCAUCAGAGCACUUUUGAAUGCUAAAACUAAGAAUAUUUUUUCAUUGAUGGUGGAUGAAGAUCAACCAGUUUCCAACAAACAAAUUCCCGAGGUUUGGGACACUGUAAAUGACGUGAGCUCGGAGAUACGAAAUGGAAACUUUGCACAACAAACAUGUAGCUACAGCUUAUCUUUCAAUUACGGCCAACUUCUUGUCAUUCAGAUGUGUGCAGAACCUGAUAGGGGGAUAAUGACUCCCUUGCCUCAACUGUUAGAUAUUACACCAAACGUUAAAAUAUGUUUACAGCACGUACGAGAUCCACUUGGUGUUUUAUCUUCAAUGGCUACAAAGUCAACGAAAGAAAAAUAUGUUUCUUGCAAAGAAUACAUUGCUAUUUGGAUGCCAAUAUUCACUAUGGAAGUUGCAAGGCAAACGGCUGACGAUGAAUCGUUCACUAUAAAUGAUUUACCUGUUACGUUUCGUGAAAGAGGUGGAGCAUUUUCUCUCAAAUAUUCCUUUAUGGAAAAACGUGACAUUGAAUUCACAGCCCACUCUGUCGACCUUUUAAAAACUGAAGACGACGCCAACGGUAACAAAGAAAAGGAGCGGUUUUACAUGCCAGGAUCUGAUUUUCUCUGCAUUAGAUGUCCUUUAGAGCCAAAGAACGAUAUUCUUACAAAUUUUGGUAACGGCGCAAUCUCCCCUCAGCGCCGUUAUUGGAUGGGUCAUGCACAAGUAAACGAUGUCCGCUUCAAAACGAAGAAAGACAAAGACAUUGUCAGUGUUCAAUUCGUUUGUCACAACAAAAGUCCCACAAUUCCACCGGAAAUGUUAAACAAAAAGAGGGAAUGUAGUGUAGAAAUAUUACCAAAAUCAGACGUCAGCAGGAGAAUAGAGUUGUACGUGAAAUGGUUGGAAAGUGCAUCAGAACUUGCUAGGGCAAUUGCACUGAGGAGACGAAUUCCAGAAUUGGAUAAAGUGCACAAAGAUUUAGGAGAUCAAGAACGACAUUUCCAAGUUCCACCUCUUGGAAUUGAAUAUAACGAGAACCAGAAAGACGCAGUGAAAAGGGCACUUACAUCAAGUUUCUCAUUGAUUCAAGGACCACCAGGUACCGGGAAAACAUUCACUGGAGUGGCAUUGAUUAAUUUGUUCUGCUCCAUCAAUCGCAAAUACACUGAGAUGAAGGGUGAAAGCAAACAUUUUGUUGUAUUUUGUGGUCCGUCCAAUAAAUCUGUCGAUUUAGUCACAGUUUACCUAAAAGACAGAGUUCAAGAACCGGUGAAGAUUCUUCGAAUGUACGGUGGUGCUUUAGAAUGUAAAGAAUUUCCAAUACCAGGAAAAGUCUUUUCAAUGAAACAAACCGAGAGUGUACCGGAUGAGACUCUCCGUGAUAUCAGUUUACAUCAUAUCAUCCGAAAACCCGGAAAUGAAUAUGCCGAGAAAAUCAGGGACUUUGACAGAAAGUUCAAAAACAAGAAAGACAUUGAUUACCGAGACAUUAAGGAAUACAAAAGAUAUAUAUCUAAAGCGGUAAAGGACGAAAUACCUAAAUAUGACGUCAUUUUAUGUACCACUGCGGUGGCCACCAGUUCACGCCUCCUGAAUGCUACAGCUAGAUCAAUCUAUCAACUUGUAAUAGAUGAAGCUGGCAUGUGUACAGAACCAGAGUGUUUAGCGACAAUUGUAGCUACGCAAGCAAAACAGGUUGUGUUGAUAGGUGAUCAUAAACAGCUCCAACCUGUUGUCCUAUGUGAAGAAGCUGGAGAUUUGGGACUUCAGACAUCGUUGUUUGAACGCUAUGCUGAAUCAGAAAAAUCCCAGAAAGUCCUCACUUUGUUAACAAACCAAUAUAGAAUGCACCCAAGUCUUUGUCGUUUUCCAUCCAACGCAUUUUAUAACCAGAAACUAAUAACUAAAGCCUCACCAAAGUGGGAGACGCUGCAACCCCUUCAAAUGUGGCGUGAUCCUAAAAAUCCCUUGGUCUUCUGUCAUAUAGAAGGUGAAGAGGAAUACCUUGCAAACACGACUGAAGAGGGCAAUGAAAUGUCCAAAUUCAACAAGGCAGAGAUAGAUCAAGUGGAAAAGGUGUAUCUCCAUUUGGUAAAAAAGGAAGGUAUACACCCUGAACAUAUAAACAUUAUGUCGCAAUACAACGCCCAGUGCAGUAAAAUCCGAGAAAGACUGAGGAAGCACCAUGUUCAACACGUCAACACAGUUGUGGCUAGUCAAGGUGGAGAAUGGGAUUAUGUGGUGUUUAGCCUUGUGAGAUCCCUGCCAGAGUACAGAAUCGAACCUCAUCCCACAAAAGGCUGGUGUAAAGAAAAUCUGGGUUUCAUCACAGAUGACCACCAGAUAAACGUGGCACUUACUAGAGCAAGAAAAGGACUUGUCAUUAUUGGGAACAAAAGGCUAAUGAUGUGCAGCGGAAGACUCAAGGCAAUGUUAGAUGAGUAUGCACGACAUGGAUGCAUAGAAGAUGCUGAAAAUUUUCCUCCAAUCAAAAAAAGGAAAAAAGAUCAGCGACGAUUUUGAAUUCCGUAAAUUACCAUGACAUAACCAACCAUAAAUACUUACUGACGUAUGGAAGGAAAAAAAAAACAACCAAGGAACUAAAUAGUCAUACAUGUAAUUUCAAUAGAUGAGAUAAAGGUUAAUAUUGCAUGACGUAUCUUCCAAGGUUCGGCUGGUCAAAAGGUGGUUAAAAAUUAACAGAGUGUUAUCCCAGUGCUAUUCUAUGUGUUAAAGUUAAUGAUGUUUUGAUAUUUUAUCGAUCAGCAUGUUUACAAAGUGGAUGUUGCUAUAAAAAAAAUAACAGAGUAAUGAUGUCAGUUACGUACUAUAUUUAAAUUGGCAGAGCUAAAGGCCAACUAUAAAUGAUAAGGGAAGAUUGUUAUUACUUUCCAGUGUUUAGAGAAUUGAAUAUUCCACAACUAAUAGUGAACAACUAUGCUGAAAACUCUUAUAUUGCAUAAAAUUGUUCAAUACGUCCAUGUUAUGAAUAUUUUGCCUAUACUUGUAUAUCUUUAAUAAUAAACAAUAUAUCUUUUGAUUUAUGAAAUGUUUGUAAAUAAAUGAUUUUAACUUCUCCA